UGUCUCAACUGAGAGACAUUGCGGAUCAAUCGCACAGUUUCUUUCAAGUGAAGUGGUUCAGUUUCAAUUUAAAUUGGAGCAUGAGAUUGGAUAUUAUUUCCCCAAAAUGUCUCUAAAUACCCUUCAAAUAGUUUUUCCUGUGAUUAUUCUUCAGGCCUUGGUGAUCUCUGCAGGAGCACAGGACUUCUUUGAAGACUACAGUCCAUGUGGUAGAUGGCGUCCUGGCGAUGCUGACCUUAACACCUUUGACUUCAUCCGUCAAUUUCAACUUGAUCGCUCAGAAACUUACUAUGAAGGAGUGACAAGAGUUGUAGGCUCAAGCCACAUUCAAACAGCCUAUCGUUUGGAAAGGGAAUCCAAUUUAACUUUGAGGGCUAUUGAUGCUUUUCCACGUGGAUUUCCUCAUCAAUUCUCAUUUGAGUGCACUUUUCGAGCACGUGAGGAGCUCGUACUUCCUUGGUACCUCUUUCACGUUACCGAUUCUUUUGAGCAAUCCCAAUUGAGUGUUACUUUAGAUCCGAGAAGGGAGCUUUUGCAUCUAGAACUUCCAGAUGUUGAUGGAAAUCUUCAGAUGGUAACUUUUAGACAUCAUGAGCUUUUCGAUGAGUCUUGGCACAAAGUAACUCUGGGCGUGGGGCACGAUAGAGCCACUCUCUGGGUGGAUUGUCAGCCGGUCCGUGGGAUUUAUGGGGAUUUUGCCAACCAACUAGAACCCAGAGGUCCUGUUGAAGCUACCGGAGGACACUUAAGUGUCGCUCGUCUUGUGGAAUACCCAUCUACAGUGCCAAUUGAUCUUCAGUGGAUGGUGCUUAGCUGUGAUCCCCUAAGAGCCGAACGUCAGGACUGUGCAGAGCUGCCAAAUAUUCGAAAUGUAUCGUAUUUGUCUGGACCUGGAAACAUUCGGUCGGCAGAAUGUCCGAUUCUCUGCCCUCAAGGACCUCCCGGACUCAAUGGUACAAGCGGAAUGCCAGGAUUGCCCGGUGCUCCAGGCAGUCGAGGUUUUCCUGGUAUCCCUGGCAGAGAUGGUGCGCCUGGUCAACCUGGUUCUCCAGGAUUGGGAAUUCAAGGACCAAGAGGUUUCCCUGGCGAAAAAGGCGAAAUGGGACCACCUGGACCUCCAGGGCCGUCAGAAGUAGAUUUUCUGGGAGUUGCCGGAGCUGGUAGACCUUCUAUUGUUGCAGGAAUACCAGGGCUAAAUGGUACAAAGGGUGAAAAGGGAGAUCGUGGGGAUAUGGGUUUUCCAGGACCACCAGGGAUGUUUUUCGGGGCGCUCGAUGAAGCCAGGAUUCGAGAGAUUUGUGGAACCCUUAUACGGGAGACUUUGAUUGAGAUCGCUGUGACAACUACUGGACCUCCAGGGCCUCCAGGACCACCAGGGAUACCUGGAGUAUCACGUGAAGGACCUCAAGGAGAACCUGGUCCACCUGGGGAACGUGGGUAUCCAGGUGCCAGAGGUGAAAGAGGCUUUCCUGGACUGCCCGGGUUGCCUGGUGCUCAAGGUCCGCCUGGUGAACAGGGCCUUAGAGGAGAACAGGGCGAACGUGGCGAAAGAGGAGAAAGAGGAGAACGUGGUAUAGAUGGGGUAGUCGGUCCUCAAGGCCCAGAAGGACAUGCUGGAAUGCCAGGCCCUCCAGGACGAGCUGGAGAUCGUGGAGAACCAGGAAUGCCAGGAGUACAAGGUUCCCAAGGUCAUCCUGGAGUCCCAGGGGUUUGUCCCGACUGCUAUAAUUACGCCGUGGCUCCUCAUCCUUACUAUUAUAUGCAGCAGCAAUCUAAAGGACCUAGCAUGAAGGGUUAAGAAAUUAUUUUUGAGUCGCAAAAUAAAUUGGCUUUGUAUCUUUUGCAGCAAA